AUGAAUAGACCGCAGGGUGGUCAACAACGCCUAGGUGCAACUUGGUAUCCAGGGGGGCAAGAUGACUUCUACAUGCCAGAGGUCAUAUCCCCAUCUCCUCAGAGAGUGAUGCCAGAAGUGCCCGAGAACAUGCAGGACAAUAUUGCUGAGAUGGAAUACCGCGCUCAUGACCCCCGCCGGCAACAACAACCGUACCAACGCGCCCAGAGCUAUCCCGAGCGCACUUCCUCUGCCCAGGGCCCACCACCCCAACACAAUCAAGUCCAUGAUCCCAGUUCCUACGCGCAAUCCGCGACCUAUGACAGCAUGGAUCACCCCAACUUUUCACCGUUCCCGGUCUUGCGGAACCCACCACCUAAUGUCCCCCCCACCGAUGAACAGAGAGAAGCGAAUCUAGAGCGCGCGCGGAUGGCCGUCCUGUCGACCACAGACCCGGAGAUGCAACUCGCAUGGGCCUUGGAUGCUCUCGCCUUUGUCGAGGUCGCCGCACAGAACGAUGUCCGCCUCGGGUUGACCCAACCCCCACGCCCGCAGACCCCGCAGGUGGAACGCCAGCUGAGGGUCGACGCGAUGAACAUCGUCGGCUUUCUAGCCGAGCAGCGCCACCCCAAAGCGGAAUUUAUCAAGGGCAUGUGGCUCGAGUUUGGCAAAUUUGGCUGUCCCGUGGAUCGCAAGGAGGCAUUCCGAUCAUACUCCCGAGCCGCUGAGAAGGGAUAUGCGCGCGCCGAAUACCGGAUCGGAAUGCAGUUCGAGAGCUCGGGUGAACCGGAGAAGGCGAUCAAACAUUACCAGCGGGGUGUUGCGCGGGCGGAUUCUGCCUCGUACUAUCGCCUGGGAAUGAUGAUUCUGUUGGGCCAGCAUGGGCAGCUCCAGGACUUCAAUACUGGCUUGGAUUACAUUCGGCUGGCGGCGCAAUCAUGCGACCAGAACGCACCUCAAGGUGCAUACGUAUACGGCAUGCUCUUGGCUCGAGAACUCCCUCAAGUGAGCGUCCCGGAAAGCUUCCUGCCCCUUGAUCUGAACUUGGCACGUGUCAAUAUCGAAAAGGCGGCAUAUCACGGGUUCGCCAAGGCUCAGGUCAAGAUGGGUGCUGCAUAUGAACUCUGUCAACUGAGCUGUGAUUUCAACCCCGCGCUGUCUCUGCACUACAACGCACUGGCAGCCCGCCAGGGCGAGCCCGAAGCUGAGAUGGCCAUCAGCAAAUGGUUUUUGUGUGGACAUGAGGGUAUCUUUGAGAAGAACGACGAGCUGGCAUUCACGUAUGCUCAGCGUGCGGCCCAGAGUGGUCUUCCGACAGCUGAAUUCGCCCUGGGAUACUUCUACGAGGUUGGUAUCUUUGUGCCUGUGGAUAUCAAGGAAGCCCGUUCUUGGUACGCCAAGGCCGCUGCCAGUGGCAACAAGGAUGCAUCUGGUCGGAUUGAAAGUAUUUCGCGCUCCAAGACUCUGUCCAGAAAGGACCAUGAGAAGGUAGCAAUCUCACGUAUCAAGUCGACGCGAUAUACCGCUCAUCAGCGAGGCAACUCACUGGAAAUGACCCCAGAGAAUAUCCAAAUGCCAGAUCCUUCGAGAAUGACCUUGUCGGAUGGCCCACCAUCUGGGGCUCCUUACCCCGAUCGUCCUCAUUCUACUCGUCCACGACCCCAACAGGGUUAUCAGCUGUCAGACACUCGCCCAAGCUCUGCUUUCGGUGUCAAUCCCAACCUUCGAUCUAAUGCACCCUCGGGAUAUGGUGGCCCACCCCCCCAGGGCCCCGGAAAUCGCACUCCAUCCUAUGGGCCUGGUGGAUCUAUGAACUACCGCCAAUCUGGUCCUGGAACCCCCCUCAGUGCUCCUGCUGGGCCUGUAAGCCCGCAGGCUGGUAACAUGAUCAGUCCUGGCGGGGCUCCUCGUCUCGAUAUUGGCUAUUCUGCACCAAUGCCGCCUCCAGGUGGGCGACGCCCACCUCGACUUGACUCGGCUCCGGACCGCAAGCCUAUGAGACCUCCCGUUUCUAGUCACACCGGGAUGCCCUCAUCCGGUGUGGCGUCUCCUCGUCCCCCCGGUUCGCCCUCGUUUCCUCCUCGUAUGGAGUCCCGGCAGCCGUCUCACGGUUCAGGCCCCUCUACGCCUCAGCCGGCGCCCUCUGUCGCGUCGUCGAGUUCAUCCACACCGCAACCGAAGCCAGCCAAGCCGCCAAGCAAGGGCCCCAAGACCUUUGAGGAGAUGGGUGUUCCUAGUGCGAAUAAAGACAGUGAUUGCGUAUGUAAACCCUACAUUUUGGCCAUUGAACUCGAACCAAAGCUAACUUUUGCCAUUGAUGUUUCUGCAAACCUUCACAACAAAGUGACCAAAACGCAAGCCGCAAAGGUUCUCCGGGAUUUGCAUGAGAAGAAAGAGAUUGAAGGAAGAGUUUCUGGUAAACAGACAGUCUACCAUGCUCUACAAGAUUCGUCGGACAUCACAACCCCGGAGGUAGCCGCGGCUAUGAAGGUUAACAUCGAAAGCCUCGAGGAUGAGAUUUCAACUCUAAAGGCAAACGAAAAGAAGGCCCGAGCAGCAUUAGCAGCCCUGCAUGCAAAGCCCCGGAUAUCCGAUCUCCGGCAGGACAUCGGCCGUCUUGAGGCGGAGGAAUUGACGAUCCAAGCUCGCUUGGCAAGUCGCCACGAGGGCGACCCCGUUCAUAUAUCACCAGAGGAAAGAGAAAAGCUCGAAAAAGAAUGGAACUAUUGGCAACGACAUGCCAAUGUGCGCCGUCGGAUCUGUCGUGAUCUCUGGGGACAAUGCUCCGAGGUACUUCCGGAGGACAUGACUGCGGGGGAGCUGUGGGUGAGUUUUGCGAGUGAUGAAUGA